AUGUCUGGUGUUAUUUUUGUUGUUUGUAUUCCGACAAGUAGCUAUGAACAUAUUUUGAAAUAUGGCAAACCAAAAGAGCUAAUAUCCUUAGAAGAAUCAGACAUGAAAAAAUGUAAAUUGGAGGUCGAACUGCGACAUAAAAAGGCUAAAAGUAUACCUAUACGUUUGACACAACAUCAUUAUAAUGACGUAUACUACAACCACAAGCUGGAUAAAAUAAGGGAAGACGAUGAGCUGAUUACAAUGGAAAAUAUUUUACAUGAAUUAUUAAGAAAACUCGAUGUUGAGCAUGUAGUGUGGAUAAGCGACGAAAUAGGAAACUAUUUUGAAGUUAUUUUCCCGCUUCCUACUGGAGAUAAAUGCGAGACGAUGCUUCACUGCCUUACUCAACUCGGUAUUGGAGUAUGCUGUAAAUCUAUUGUUAGUGUCCUUCCAUGCAACGUCGUCCAUUCCGCUAUAGAAAUCGCAAAAGACGACGAUAGCAUACUAAAGAAAACCGAAGAAGCAAAGCGUUGGCGGCAAUUUGUGGAGUCAAUUAGAUCCAAGUUAACAGUCAAGCAAGUGGUAGACGGAGUAAGAGGUGGCGGCGAAUUAUCGUUUGAUUAUCUCACACUAAUUAUUACAGCUGAUUCUCUUGCAGCACUCGGCCUCGUUGAAAAUAACGCAUCAAAUAUAGUAGCGGCCAUGUUGGUUUCUCCCUUAAUGGGUCCCGUCAUGUCAAUUACCUUUGGAACUAUAAUAGCUGAUAGGAGUCUAAUCAAAAGCGGUUUUGAAAGCCUCAUUAUCGGAAUGUUUGCUUCUCUGUUGUUUGGAUUUAUUUUCGGCCUGAUUCUGGGUACAACAGAAAUGCCAUGGGGAUAUGGUGAUUGGCCCACGGAAGAGAUGAAAGCUCGGGGUAAUGUAAGAUCUUUAUGGAUGGGUGUGCUAUGGGCUCUGACAUCUGGCACUGGAGUAGCUCUGGCUCUUCUUCAAGGAAGCGCAGGACCACUUAUCGGCAUUGCUAUUUCUGCAUCAUUGCUACCACCAGUAGUUAACUGUGGUCUAUUUUGGGCUUUGGCUUGUAUAUGGCUUCUGUACCCAGGGUCAAAAAUUCCCCAUUUGAAAGGCGAACCAUACUACGGAAACUCAUCUUACGAACCACUUUAUCAUACUUAUUUACCAAUUGAAUUCGCCGUAAACGGAAUAGUAAGCUGUUGCUUAACAAUUGUAAACGUUAUAUGCAUAUUUAUAACAGCUAUAAUAUUUCUCAAAAUAAAAGAGGUCGCAGCGCCAUACACAUCCACUCCAGAUUUGAGACGAUUUUGGGAACAAGACAUUAAAGUUGCCCGUGAAGCCAAUAAAAACAACCUCAAAUCGGAAGAUGAUACAACUGAGUUGGUACUGGACGAAUUAAACCAAGCAGAAGAUGAUGAAAUGAAAGACAAGCUAGAAGGCGCUGUGCAGGAAGCACUGGAUGAUGAUACUUACAGGAAAGUGAAACGUAUGAGCUACCAAAGCUAUACCGCGGACGAGAUUAUUCGAACUAUUGGUCUACAACCGAGAACGCCAACGUCAGCACGAUCGAGCGUUAUAUCUGGAGGAGUAACUCCGAAAUUGCCGAAAAAAGGUUCCAAUAUCAACGACAUUGCAACACUGGACAAACUUUUAACUUCAUUAUUGGGGCUCCAAAAGCGACGAUCAUACAGAUCCCAUAUUGGUACUCCCAGAUCAAGUUACUUACCAACUUUAGUAGAAACCGGAUUAAACAGACGGUCAGAAUCGUGGCCUGAAAAAAUCUAUGAAGAUUCUAUUGUACGCAACGUGCUACAUAACUUGAAAAGUAAACGUAAUUCUCCAAAUGAUGAAGGGUUUUUGACACCAAAUUGA